AUGGGGUAAGUUUCACAAGUAAUAUGUUACAGUAAGAUUUAAUCUAACGGAAGCAGCACGGCUCAACAUUGACAACAUAUCGAACGUUGCAUAUGAUGAAGAUAACCUCGAAAACCUAGUUCUACCGAAAGGGCACAAGAAAAUCAUUCAAGCAUUAGUUGAGACACAUUUCAAAAAACAUGGCGCCUCGGUUUACGAAACUGAGUCGCAUUAUAAUGCAGAUAUUGUAAGAGGCAAAGGAAAAGGUCUUAUCGUUCUUCUCCAUGGCGCUCCAGGUGUGGGUAAGACCUCAACAGCAGAGUGCGUUGCAGAACACAGUCGAAGGCCCUUGUUUUCAAUUACUUGUGGAGAUAUCGGCGAAACAGCAAAGAACGUGGAAGAAAAUCUCGAACGAUGUUUCCAGCUGGCUCAUCGUUGGGGUUGUGUUCUUCUACUCGAUGAAGCGGAUGUUUUCUUGGCACAGAGAAGCAAAACCGACCUUCAAAGAAAUGCUCUUGUCUCAGGUUCGGUCAACUACCCAUCUUGCGACUUAAAACUGCUACUAAUAAAUACCAGUUUUUCUUAGGGUGCUUGAGUACUACGCAGGCAUUCUUUUCUUGACAACCAAUCGAAUUGCGGUCUUCGAUGAGGCCUUUAAAUCUAGAAUACACCUAAGUUUAUGGUAAGUCAAUGCUGCUUGCAUUCAACCUCGAUUUGCUAACCCCUCAUGCUACAGGUACCCAACCCUUGACAAAAUUUCUACAGCACAAAUCUGGCAGAUGAAUUUGGACCGAACGAAGGAAAAGGAAUCACAACUGAAUUUGAAGAUUGAGGGUGAUCGUAUAAUGGCCUUCUCAAAGAAGCACUGGAAAAAGUCUCAGAGUGAGAAUUCGGGAUUCUGGAACGGCCGACAAAUUUGGAAUGGUAAGCCCUCUUUUCCACUCUGCAUGACAGCGACUAACACACCAAAGCCUUCCAAACUGCGACUGCGAUUGCCCAGUGGAUAAACAAACAAUCUAGUGAUGGCUCCAUGUUCUGGAGUGGUUAA